CCCCGGGAGGAAGGGGAGGAGGCCGGGUGUUUCCUGGCGCAUUCCCGGCCCGCCCGAGUGACUCACUCGGGUGCAGGAAAACUCCCAGGGCCCGGUCGGGACCGCCGAGCCUCCGCCGCGGACUCGGUCCAGGAUGGCUGCCCAGGUGACGCUGGAGGACGCCCUUUCCAACGUGGACCUCCUGGAGGAGCUGCCUCUGCCCGACCAGCAGCCGUGCAUCGAACCCCCGCCGUCCUCGCUGCUCUACCAGCCAAAUUUCAACACGAACUUUGAAGACAGAAAUGCAUUUGUCACCGGCAUCGCAAGAUACAUUGAACAAGCCACCGUGCACUCCAGCAUGAAUGAGAUGCUGGAAGAAGGACAAGAGUACGCUGUCAUGUUGUAUACCUGGAGGAGCUGCUCCCGGGCCAUCCCCCAGGUGAAAUGUAAUGAGCAGCCUAAUAGAGUGGAAAUUUAUGAGAAAACCGUGGAAGUCCUGGAGCCCGAGGUCAUGAAACUGAUGAAUUUUAUGUACUUCCAGAGAAAUGCCAUCGAGCGUUUCUGUGGGGAGGUGAGGCGUUUGUGCCACGCGGAAAGGAGGAAGGAUUUUGUGUCGGAAGCCUACCUGAUCACCCUGGGCAAGUUCAUCAACAUGUUCGCCGUGUUGGAUGAGCUGAAGAACAUGAAGUGCAGCGUGAAAAACGACCACUCGGCCUACAAGAGGGCUGCUCAGUUUCUACGCAAAAUGGCAGAUCCACAGUCCAUCCAGGAGUCCCAGAACCUGUCUAUGUUCUUGGCCAACCACAACAAGAUCACACAAUCCCUGCAGCAGCAGCUCGAGGUGAUUUCUGGCUAUGAAGAGCUCCUGGCAGACAUCGUGAAUCUGUGUGUGGACUACUACGAGAACAGGAUGUACUUGACGCCUAGUGAGAAACACAUGCUUCUCAAAGUCAUGGGAUUUGGCCUGUAUUUGAUGGAUGGAAGUGUCAGUAACAUUUACAAACUUGAUGCCAAGAAGAGAAUAAACCUAUCCAAAAUUGACAAGUAUUUUAAGCAACUCCAAGUUGUUCCACUGUUUGGGGAUAUGCAAAUAGAACUGGCAAGAUACAUCAAGACCAGCACCCACUAUGAGGAAAAUAAAUCUCGGUGGACCUGCACAUCCUCGAGCAGCAGCCCCCAGUACAACAUCUGCGAGCAGAUGAUCCAGAUCCGCGAAGACCACAUGCGCUUCAUCUCGGAGCUGGCCCGCUACAGCAACAGCGAGGUGGUCACAGGAUCCGGCCGGCAGGAGGCCCUGAAGACGGACGCCGAGUACCGGAAGCUCUUCGACCUGGCUCUGCAGGGCCUGCAGCUGCUGUCCCAGUGGAGCGCUCACGUCAUGGAAGUGUAUUCGUGGAAACUUGUUCACCCAACGGACAAGUACUCCAACAAGGACUGCCCGGACAACGCCGAAGAGUACGAGCGAGCUACGCGCUACAACUACACGAGCGAGGAGAAGUUUGCCCUGGUGGAGGUGAUCGCCAUGAUUAAAGGCCUGCAGGUGCUGAUGGGCAGGAUGGAGAGCGUGUUCAACCACGCCAUCCGGCACACCGUUUAUGCGGCCCUGCAAGACUUCUCCCAGGUGACCCUCAGGGAGCCACUGAGGCAGGCCAUCAAGAAGAAGAAGAAUGUCAUCCAGAGCGUCUUGCAGGCCAUCAGGAAGACCGUGUGUGACUGGGAGACGGGACAUGAGCCCUUCAAUGACCCGGCCCUGCGGGGUGAGAAGGACCCCAAGAGUGGCUUUGACAUCAAAGUGCCACGCCGUGCCGUGGGACCCUCCAGCACACAGCUGUACAUGGUGAGAACUAUGCUAGAGUCCCUCAUUGCAGACAAAAGUGGUUCCAAGAAAACCUUGAGAAGUAGCCUUGAGGGGCCCACCAUAUUGGACAUAGAAAAGUUCCAUCGCGAGUCAUUCUUCUACACCCACUUGAUAAAUUUCAGUGAAACAUUGCACCAGUGCUGUGACCUCUCCCAGCUGUGGUUCCGGGAAUUCUUCCUGGAGCUCACCAUGGGCAGAAGGAUCCAGUUCCCCAUCGAGAUGUCCAUGCCGUGGAUUCUGACAGACCACAUCCUGGAGACCAAGGAGGCAUCCAUGAUGGAGUACGUCCUCUACUCGCUGGACCUGUACAACGACAGCGCCCACUACGCCCUCACCAGGUUCAACAAACAGUUUCUCUACGACGAAAUCGAGGCUGAGGUGAAUCUGUGUUUUGACCAAUUUGUCUAUAAACUGGCAGAUCAGAUAUUUGCGUACUAUAAAGUGAUGGCAGGAAGCUUGCUCCUUGAUAAACGGUUACGGUCAGAAUGCAAGAAUCAGGGAGCCACAAUCCACCUGCCGCCGUCUAACCGCUAUGAGACCCUGCUCAAGCAGAGACACGUCCAGCUCCUAGGCAGGUCAAUAGACCUCAACCGCCUGAUCACACAGCGAGUCUCAGCAGCCAUGUAUAAGUCCCUGGAGCUGGCGAUUGGACGAUUCGAAAGCGAAGACUUGACAUCAAUUGUCGAGCUGGAUGGCCUCUUAGAAAUCAAUCGCAUGACCCACAAGCUACUGAGCAGGUACCUGACUCUGGACAGCUUUGACGCCAUGUUCCGAGAGGCCAACCACAACGUCUCAGCUCCCUAUGGGAGAAUCACCCUCCAUGUCUUCUGGGAACUCAACUACGACUUCCUGCCCAACUACUGCUACAAUGGCUCCACCAACCGGUUUGUUCGGACAGUAUUACCAUUUUCUCAGGAGUUUCAGAGAGAUAAACAACCCAAUGCACAACCUCAGUAUUUGCAUGGCUCCAAGGCUUUAAACCUGGCCUAUUCCAGCAUUUAUGGCAGCUACCGGAACUUCGUCGGGCCUCCUCACUUCCAAGUCAUCUGCCGGCUUCUCGGCUACCAGGGCAUUGCCGUGGUCAUGGAGGAACUGCUGAAGGUUGUCAAGAGCCUGCUGCAAGGCACCAUCCUGCAGUAUGUGAAGACCCUGAUGGAGGUGAUGCCAAAGAUCUGCCGCCUGCCUCGGCACGAGUACGGCUCUCCCGGCAUUCUGGAGUUCUUCCACCAUCAGCUGAAGGACAUCGUGGAGUACGCAGAGCUGAAGACCGUGUGCUUCCAGAACCUUCGCGAGGUGGGAAAUGCUGUCCUCUUCUGCCUGCUCAUCGAGCAGAGCCUGUCGUUGGAAGAAGUGUGUGACCUGUUGCACGCAGCCCCUUUCCAGAACAUUUUGCCGCGAGUCCAUGUGAAAGAGGGGGAAAGACUGGAUGCCAAGAUGAAAAGACUGGAGUCCAAGUACGCCCCCCUCCACCUCGUGCCCCUGAUCGAAAGGCUGGGGACCCCACAGCAAAUAGCAAUCGCAAGAGAGGGGGACCUGCUGACCAAGGAGCGGCUCUGCUGUGGCCUGUCCAUGUUUGAAGUCAUCCUGACGCGGAUCCGGACCUUUCUGGACGACCCCAUCUGGCGGGGGCCUCUGCCCAGCAACGGCGUCAUGCACGUGGACGAGUGCGUGGAGUUCCACCGGCUGUGGAGCGCCAUGCAGUUCGUCUACUGCAUCCCCGUGGGGACGCACGAGUUCACAGUGGAGCAGUGUUUCGGCGACGGGCUGCACUGGGCGGGCUGCAUGAUUAUCGUGCUGCUCGGGCAGCAGCGGCGCUUUGCCGUGCUGGAUUUCUGCUACCAUCUGCUCAAGGUCCAGAAGCAUGACGGCAAAGACGAGAUUAUCAAAAAUGUGCCUUUGAAAAAGAUGGUGGAGAGGAUCCGCAAGUUCCAGAUUCUCAACGAUGAGAUCAUCACCAUCCUGGACAAGUACUUGAAGUCAGGGGAUGGCGAGAGCACUCCCGUGGAGCACGUGCGCUGCUUCCAGCCGCCCAUCCACCAGUCCCUGGCCAGCAGCUGAGGACCCCGCAGGGCCGCACCCCCAGCACUUCAGUGAUUCUGACGGCAUGCUUUUCUUUCCGUAAACCAUUGGGUGAAAAUUUUUAGGGACUAUUUUUCAGUAUCUCUGUACCUGUUCAAGGAGGUGCUUUUUGACCUAAAAGCUUUUAUAAAAUUGACUUAUUUUUCUAGACUCUUAAUUGUAUAUGCUUUUGGUAAUUAGGAAGUCUGAGGACCAGUGACUGAGUGCCAUCGUGUUCUUAUAAAAUGAUGUUCAUUUUUCCGUUUCCUAAGCAUCUGCCAAGUUCCCACACCCCUUCAGAAACAUAAUACCAACUGUAUUAAACUCCUAUAUAAUUACUAUUCAACUACAUAGAGUUGUCGGAGGGUCUUUCAAACAGUCUUUUUUCUAAGUCAUUAUCCUUGUCCCUCUUUUGUCAGUGUUUUGGGACACAGUGAACUUAUUUCCCCUGCUUUCACUAAAUUCACUUGUAACAAAACAUUAAUUUGUAAGGUAUGACUUAAUGAUUAGAGAAAUAAAACUAACGAAACCUC